GCCGCCGCCGCAAGAGCUGCCACGUCAGCGCCGCGUCUGUCGGCUGACGGCAGGAUGGGGAAGGUGGCGGCCCUCGGUGCCGAGCUGGGCGUGCGGCUCGCCCUGUUCACGGCCUUCCUGGUAACGGAGCUCCUCCCUCCCUUCCAGAGGCUGAUCCAGCCGGAGGAGAUGUGGCUUUACCGGAAUCCGUAUGUGGAAGCCGAGUACUUCCCCACCAAGCCCAUGUUUGUCAUUGCAUUUCUCUCCCCACUGUCCCUGAUCCUCUUGGCCCGAUGUCUCAAGAAGGCUGGUGCGACAGACAGCAAACAAGCCUGCCUGGCUGCCAGCCUUGCCCUGGCUCUGAACGGUGUCUUUACUAACACAAUAAAACUGAUCGUGGGCAGGCCACGCCCAGACUUCUUCUACCGCUGCUUCCCCGACGGGCAAGCCCAUUCCGACUUGACGUGCACAGGGGAGAAGGACGUGGUGAAUGAGGGCCGCAAGAGCUUCCCUAGUGGACAUUCUUCCUUUGCAUUUGCUGGUCUGGCCUUCGCUUCCUUCUACCUGGCAGGGAAGUUACAUUGCUUCACACCACAAGGCCGUGGGAAGUCUUGGAGGUUCUGUGCCUUUCUGUCACCUCUUCUCCUUGCAUCUGUGAUUGCGCUGUCCCGCACAUGUGACUAUAAGCAUCACUGGCAAGAUGUACUAGUUGGAUCCAUGAUUGGCCUGACAUUUGCCUAUGUCUGCUACAGGCAGUAUUAUCCUCCUCUGACGGACGCAGAAUGUCAUAAACCGUUUCAGGACAGCCUUGGACUGCCCACGGCACAGAAGCCUGGUGACCUUUAUCAUUUUAGUAUUUAGAAAUUAGAACUACCUCAGUGGAGAUUAGGUGCAUCAGCCCCUCUAAACUGCCCAAGACAAGAAUGUCUGACCUGUUAACUCGUAAGAGAUACAGGUAAGGACACAAGCACUUCAUUCUGUCUCCAUAUGUUUAUGCAGUUUUACUCACAUGGAUUUGUCAUGAGUCAAGGUUCAAGGUUCAUUUUCACGACUCUCUGCCACCCAUUCUGAUAAAAAGAUCUUCCAGUUGCCCACCAGAUUGGUAUCCCAGGAGCUACAGUGUUUCACAUUUAACUUAAAUGCCAUUCUUAAGGGUUCUUUCACAAAGAAGCCUUUACAUACCCUAGAACCCACUGUUAAAUUUCCAUUUUCCAUAGCUCAAGCUCUUAAAACCCAGGGCACGACCAACUAAAUUAUUUUGGUUCUGUUUACUUUCUCUAGUGACAAUUCCAUCAAGCUUUAAAUAGGAAAACGUCCAGUUCUGGCUUCUUUACCGCCUUAUACAUGUGUCUUAUCUAAGUCUAGCCACACACUACUGUCCAUUUUGAAUCCUGUGGGCAUAAAUUAUUUACUGAACCACUGAAUAAUUUUUUAAAAUGGUAAAGACAAGUGAGGUGGAAAUCAUUAGUUGCUAGUAUUGAAACCACACUCCUGAACUGUGUUCAUAAGCUGCUUUCCAUUCAUGUAUGACUGAAGAUCUGCCCAAAUGCAUCAGUUCUGCAACUGGCUAAAGCAGAAAAGAAUGUUCUUGUCUGGAGAACAAAUGAACUUUUUCUGUCCCUUCGUCAUAAUGGGAUUUAAGGAACAAUUACAGGACAUCCCCAGAACUGAUGCUAUUGGACCAACAACUGCCCUUCUCUUUGUGAUUGUACUUUAAAUAUGACCUGGUCUGAUGU